AUAACCAUAGACUGUCCACUGGAGCACAGAAAAGGACAGGUGUUGGGAUUGGAAGUUGACACUGUGAACUCUGUCCAGUUUUCAAACCACACAGGUUACGCCCACUGGAAGGGUCAGGUGUUAAAUUCAGAUGAACUUCAUGAACUGUAUGAAGGACUUAAGCUGAACAAUGUCAACCACUAUGAUUAUGUACUCACAGGCUACACAAGGGACACAUCAUUCCUUGCCAUGGUAGUCGAUAUUGUUAAAGAGUUGAAACAACAGAAUUCUAACUUAGUAUAUGUGUGCGAUCCAGUGAUGGGUGACAAAUGGAAUGGAGAAGGCUCUAUGUAUGUGCCAAAAGACCUUCUUCCAGUUUACAGGGACAAAGUUGUACCUGUUGCCGACAUAAUUACCCCUAACCAGUUUGAGGCUGAGUUACUCACAGGAAGAAAGAUUCACACAGAAAAAGAAGCUAUAGAGGUAAUGGAUAUGCUUCAUGCUAUGGGACCAGAGACUGUGGUGAUCACCAGCUCAGAUCUACAGACACCUCUAGGAAACGACUACCUAAUUGCACUGGGGAGCCAUAGGAAAACCGAAGCAGAUGGUACGAAAGUGAUGCAGAGAAUUCGUGUGGAGUCUCCUAAAGUGGAUGCUGUCUUUGUUGGAACAGGAGACCUGUUUGCUGCUAUGCUCUUGGCCUGGACACACAAACAUCCAAACAAUCUUAAGGUGGCAUGUGAAAAGACUGUAUCAGCCAUGCAACAUGUUAUACAAAGGACCAUCACAAGUGCAAAAGCACAGGCUGGAGAAGGAAACAAACCAAACUCAGCCCAGCUUGAAUUGAGGAUGGUCCAAAGCAAAAAGGACAUAGAAAACCCGGCGAUAAUAAUAAAAGCUACUGUGUUAUAAAGGCUGUAUGUCUCCUAAUAACGCACAAUGUAUUGAUGUCCUCUUUUUCUUUCCUGUAAAUUGUAAUGUUUGCCUUAGAUCUGUGACAGAAACCUGACUUCCAUGAAAUAGCACCUAGCAUAGGCAGAUACCUAUUAUCGAACAUAUGUGCUGGCCUGGCUUGGUUUAAAAGCAAAACAGCAAGUAUUGAAACUUACUGCAAGGUAUCAAAAUGGCUGUGAAAUUCACUCAGUCUUUUAUUACCCUGGGCAACUGAGUACAAGGGUUCCUGACUUGCCAAAGACAUUGGGUGUGAAUUUGCUAGUAUAACUGACUGACUGGAGCCUAUGCAGUAGUAAUGCAUCUUGUGCCAUUUGAGUUGGCUGCCUGCUCCUUUUGCUGAAUCCAGUUGGUAGCCUACUGUGGUGUUCAGCAUUUCAAUUACUCUAAAAUCAGGUAUGAUUAAAACUGCCCAGAAGGUCCAGGAUGGGUGUAGGGAGUUACUUGAGAGAUGUUUUGCUUUCAGUACUCUGCAGAAGUCUUGAGGUGUCAUUUCAUGUUUCUGAUAACUGCUCCUGUCUCGAGCCUAUGAAUGAUUACACGGUUUCAAUUCCUACAGGUGCUAAUCGCUUUAUUCUCAGCGACAAGCAUCCACAUGACUUUCUUCCCAUGUCCCACUCCAAAAAGAUGGACAAUAAUUAACUAAUAUCUAUUUACUAGCACUGCAUAGAAACUUAUAACUCUACCUCUGAAAGCAGACUUCAUUCCUUUUUUACUAAAGAUUAUUCAAGACAAAGCUUCCUUAUGAAAGGAAAAUAAUGUGGCUACCUACUCUGAAAGCUAAGUAACCUAUUAGCAAUUUUUAUCCAUUGGAAUACUAUGCUACUGAUUACCUUCAUUAUUUGCUGAGGACAGUUUAGUCUUCAUGGAUAGUUCUAUUUAUAAACACCAGAGGGCAGUUCUGCUUAAUAAAAAUGAGUAGUCUGUUUCAUUCGUAAAUGCACUAUGUAGGGAAAGGCUGGGUUAGUUAUAAGUUUGCUCAUGGUGAAUGAUGUGUAGAAAAAUUGUUGUUCAUAGUGCCAUUCUUUGCAAUAGUCCAUUUUCAGAACCAUUUUUCUUGUGCUGCAGAACAAAUAGUAACUUUAUGUUCAUUAUUCAAAUAAGUUGCUAGAGAUUUUAUCAAAGCAAAGAUUUUAUAUAUGCAGUUUAUUCCAUUUUAUAUUUAUCAUUUAUAUUGCUAUAUUCUUAUAUUCUUAUCAAGUUUCUUUGAAUCUCUCAUGAGCAAGAUGGACAACAUUGCUUGUCUGCUUCAUGCUUGUGUAUAGCGGGAUGUUGAAAUAUAUCUAGAUAGCUCUAUUGUUCUCUCAUAAUCACUGGAGUACCUGAGCACCUCAAUAUAACGGUUCCCCUGACCUAGCUUUCUCUUUCCUUUUAUGGAACAGCUGGGGAAAUAAUUCCUUUUUUUUUUUUUUAUCAGACUGCUUUUCCCUGAAGCUUUUGUAGAAUGGGGCCUCAGUCCUUUGCAGUUCCCUGCAUAUUCUCAGGCACAUCUUGUAUUUACUGUUUUUCUGCGAGAGGUCUUGACCACAUACAGCUUCUGUUGACUCCAGUGAGCAGUCACAAGUUCUUGACAUUUCUUGGCGUGUGGACUUGUCCUGGUAGCACAGAAAUUGCACUUUCGUACAGUAGCAGAAAUCAGAUGCUCACCAAGAAGGGGGGGCAGCUUUGUUUUGCCCAGCAAAAACACGAGGUCAUUGUCUCCUGUGUUCCUCCCCAGCAUCCUUCUCCUGGCCAGGGUUGUCUAAUUUAUAAUCAGUGUCAGUGAUCUAGCUUGAGCCACUCUCCCUCACUCCUGCCAACAAACCCGGGUCUGGUUUUAAAGUCUGCAGUGGUGCAAGCUAUCUUCACUGAUUUCCUGUGUGGAUUUCCUGUCAUUGGUACUGUUAUUUGGCCUCUAGUGGGGGCAAACAAAACUAUUCUUACAGCUAAUGUUAGGCUGAACUGAUUUUUUUUCUUGUUAAUAGAACAAAGGUUGUACAAUUCAUAGGCUUCUUAAAUCCCUCAUUUUCAGUCAGUAAAUGCCAUUUAAGUAAAUGCAUUUUGUAAUAGAUUUAGAGAACUCAGGUUUUGUCCUACCUAGCUAACAAUUUCAUAAACAAGUCUGAUUUUGCUCUGCAAUUACAAAUUUGUCUUUCUAAUUUAAGAAACAGAAAAAGAAUCCAGAGAUUACCUAGUAAACUUGACUGCUGCCACAAUUUAUGAUAACCACUGCCAUGAAAUAACUGUAGCAAUAAUAAUUCUGGUGUCAAAUGAAGUGUCGCCAUCUACACUGAAGGGGGGAGCUUGUGACAGCCCUCUAAAUCUUGUAAAGGUGGCAAAGUAAACAGUACCUUUUUUCCUCUGUAUUGUGUUUUUAAACUUUUAAUUAGUUUUGUUUCUUGUUAAUCACUUCUCAUAAACAUACAGAGAAACAGCUCUUUAUUAAUCAAUUGUCCUUUUUAAUAUAGGUACAGUAAAAGCUCUGUUAUCCGGCAUCCCCUGGGAAUGGGGGAUGCCGGUUAGUCAAACAUGCACCAUCUGGUACACUCCCCAGCAUCAGUGUGCCAGGGGACAGGAAGGGGGGCCCUGCAUAGGCUGCUUUUGCCCCAUGCAGGCUGCUUUGCCCUGGGCUGUGGGCUGAAGAAGUGGCAAAGAAAAAACUCGGCUUGCGGCGGUGAAACAGGAAGUCCCCCAGAAGUGGUACUUUGGUUUCGCUUUUGCCGCAUUCCUUGGAUGCCAGUUAAUAGAGUUUUCCGGCUAAUAAAGUGUCGGUUAACACAGCUUUUGCUGUAUAUCUUACUAUGGAAGUUGCAUGGGAAAUCUCAACUUCUAGAGAACAACAGCUUUUGAACAAAAAGGAUAUUUCACUGCUGCAUCUCUGGAGACUUUUGCAUUGCUUCAGCUGUAAAUUUAACCUUAUUGCAUCCAGAAUCUUUAUUUCUCCAUGGCUUAAGGCAAAUUUCGGGUUCUUCAUUUCAAAGAAAACAGUGAAAGAAAACAAAGUUCAUAAUCCCUCCUCCCUUUUUGAAAUCGUAGUAGUAAUAACAAUAGUCUAUCCAAGUUUCUUGCUAUCAAGAGACCAUACCUGUGACAAACCUGUGAUAAUUGCUACCAAAAAAAGUCCUUUUUAGCAUGAAGGGAAAAAUAUAUUAGUUUGUGGAUCUACAGAAAUGAGGGCACUGAUGGGAACAUUUAAUUUUGAUUUGUUUGUUUUAAACCAACAGGCGUUGGACUGAAUUAUCAUUUAAUACAGAUUUUUUUUUUUUUAUCUGGAAAGCAGAGGUGAAAGCACAUUUUACCAUAAGAUAGAAUAGGGGCAAGCUGAUAAGGAACUAAACACGUGCGUUAGCAGGUUGGAACAUUGACCGAGGUCAGAUGUUGGGAAUGCAGCAGUGGCCUGUUCCUGAUGCUUCAGAGGAAGGUGGAGCACUUCAGUCAUUGACCUCUAGCUUAAUAGCUAUGACAUUGUAAGAAAUUAAUAUAAAAUUCAGGAGAAAGCAGGAGAGGAAACAUCUGCUUUAAAAGCUGAGCUGGCAGUUCAGAUUUUCUACUGGCAAGAUUUGGCAGCCACUGCCUGAAAGUAAAUUGUGUUGAAGAUGGUGGGAUUUGCUUAUAUGUUGUUGGAUUUAACUGUCCAUUGAAUUACCCCAAAUAGGGUUAGACCUAUAUGGAAGAUUUAGAAUAAUGCUUGGCCUCUAUUAACAAUGGAAGAAUCAUUAAGAAAACUCCUGUAAAUGCAUAUGGUAUUUACCUUUUUGUAAUUGAAACACACAGACAUAGAUAUUUAAAAAAUUGAAGCUAUGCAUAAAAUGUAGGUGCAUUUUUACUUGUUAAAUGUUACACUGCACUUUUUUUCCUAGUGUGCAUGUGUGCGUGUGUGUAUAGGGCAGUGGCUUUUUUGUUUUGUUUUUUUUCAUUAGAACAAAAUUUAGAGCAAAAUACAUCAACUCAGCACAAUCGUAUCUAAUCAACCUUAUUUUCCACUUUUCCUUUUGUGGAUGUGACAUCCACAAAGAUGUCAGAUAUCCAGCUUGUAGCCGUAUUGGUCUAAAGGAACAAGCAGUCAGGACUCGUAGGAGAGAUGAUAUCUUUUAUUAGACCAACAAGAUUUUUUGAAAAAUAUUUCUUUAAAGAAAUCGAAUUUUUUUGCAAAAAUCUUGUUGGUCUAAUAAAAGAUAUCAUCUCUACUAUGAGUAAUGAUUCACAAAGAUAGCAUUCAUAAUAAAAUUAUUUGUGGAACAACCAGGAAAUGUUUGUUUUCCUUGUCCUUCAGGACAGCUAACCAUUAUUUAUUACAAGGAAGUGACAGUAUCCCAGGAGUUGUGAGCCUUAUCCAUAGGCACCGACUCCUGUGGGUGAUCUGGGGUUCAAGCACCCAUGGAAGAAAUUUAGUGGGUGCUUAGCACCCAUGAGCCAUGUUGUGCGAGCUGGGUUGAAGUAAUAUGCUUCCUCUUCUGUGCAUGCGUGGGGCUUGGUUCAGGAAUGAAAAAACCCCCUACCUGCCAGCAAAAACCAAAGUCGGUGCCUAUGGUCUUAUCUCCUCUUAAAUCCUUACUCAAAAAAGCAACUAAAUGAUAACUAAGGUAAGCUAAAAGGGCGUCUAUUAACUGCAGAGGGCAAGCACCUUGGCAGAGACCCCUAGAUUCAGUAAAUUCUGUUCAGUAAUUUUUAUGACUAGUAAGAAAAUGGAAGGUUCCUGUUGUUCGCUACAGCUAACCAGUUUGUGUUUCAGUCCUUUUCUGGUAAUGAAAUUUUCAAUCCAUGUGUACAGCCAUUUUGAUUAGUGCAACUUCACUUAUUUGUGGAGCCAUUUUGGUAGACAAAAACUUACCUUAAAAUGAAUUAUUUUCUCUAUUCUGGCCUGAGUGUACCUUUCACGUGUUCUAAACUUUGUCUUCCUUGAAAGUUACAUGGAUAAACUCAUCAUGAUAAUGUCAAAGAAAUGUGGUUUGUGGAAAUUUUAUUUUCGCUUGGUAUAAGCACACUUUUAAAAAAGUUUGUAGUAAAAUUGCUAACUAAAAUGUUUGUUUGGUGAUUGACACUUUCAAAUGUAAUGAAUCUGUAAUCGACAUCCUAUACCAGGGGUGGGCAAAAUGUGGCCCACCAGGCCAUUCUAUCCGGCCUGCAGGGCCCCUAAAAAAUUUAGAAAAUUAAUACUUAUCUGCCCCUGGCUGCCUGUCAUGUGACCAUCGAUGACUUGCCAAAACUCAGUAAGCAGCCCUCCGCCCAAAAUAAUUGCCCACCCCUGUCCUAUAUAAAAGAUUUGGAGGACCAAGGUUUCUAGCUAAAAAUACUGCCUUGUUUAGAUGUAUCUUAUACGUAUUUUGAUUGGAAAGUGAUGAUUUGUUGGGUGAUAUUGUUAUGGUGAUUGUAUUACUUUAUUUUAUAAUAUGUGGCAAGAAAGAUUGUAAUAAAUGUCUACAUUUAAUAUAUUGUGCAUAACAUCCAAAAAAGGAUCUAAAUGUUGGACCGUUUCAGAAUUAAAGAGAACAAGAACAGUUGAUAGUCUUCCUGGGUAAAGUGCUUUCAAUUGAAGACUUUUUUUUUUUUUUAAAUUGGGUAAAAAAGAAUUAAUGGGUACUUAGGGAAAGAGCCUAUUUUUAGAGACCAGUGUUACCCCAGUGUAAAAUCACAGGAUUGGGCAACCUUAAUAGGUUUGCCUUCUGAGCAUUUCUUUGAAUGAGUUUCAUAACAGCAGAGACUUACUUGGAGAGUUAAGGUGUUACAUCCAUGAAAGGAAAGGAGAUACAGGAACUCCAAAUUGCUAGACUGAGUUGUACAGGAUCCUGUUGUUGCUGCUAUUUAGAUUUUAGUUCCUGAGUUGUCAAACACCUUUAUUCAUUUAUUGAAAAAUGACUCCGGCAUUCUGCAUCUCCAUUCCCAUGUGCACUUUACUUUCACGCUUAUUGGUAGGUCAGAUUGUGUAUUGUCCUAUAUGAUGCACAAGAGAUUAGGGGCUCUGGAGUAGGAACUGCCCCUGUUCAUUCCAUGCUCUGUUCGAGACAAGCACUUGGCUGUGCUGUCCCCUAACAAAGCACAUUGUUAAGUUACAGUAUGGCUUUAGAUGAAGACCACAUAAGCAAGAGCAUAGGAUGAGAAACUGUUACUCAAGUGCAGUGCCAGAUUACACACUUGUGCAUUAUCCAUUAGAAAACAUAAGAAUUGCCAUUUACUGGGUCAGACCAUAUAUCCAUCUUGCCCAGUAUCCUGCGUCUCACAGUGGUAGUGGAUGCUGAAAGGGAUAGUGAACAGGUAUGACCAAGGUUUUUUCCACUGUUCCUCUCACUUGCAGCCUCCAGCAUUUAAGGUCUAGGAAGUUCUAAUUUAGAGGCUAUAUCCCUAAUUCCUGUAUUGCAUAUUGCAUAUUUAGGUCAAUUCUGUGGGUGGGAAGAGGCAGGCCAUUCAAUUGAGCAGAGCCCUGGUGAUUUCUCUUUUAAAGGUGCUUGUUCAGUUGCUCAAGUCCAUCAGAGAAGUUGAUUUGUCUAUUCAUAUGUAUACCAGGUGUCCCUCAAUUAAAUGACACAAUGGCUCACCUUCACCCAUUUCAAUAGUUGGGUUACAAGCCAGUACAUACAUGAUAUAAAUUUUUGGCUUCUUUGAAGCCAAGAUAUUUUUUAAUUAACUAGGAGAGAGAAAGAAAACAACUGGUUCUUUUGCAUUCAAUUGCAUCCUUUCACUGAUCACUCCUAGAACACUACUCACCUCCUGUUAAGAGGAACAGAUUAUUUGUAAAAUAAUUGGAAAGGAAGAUUUUUAAAAUAAAGUCUUUGAAAAUG